AUGCAGGUAUGGCGACGGUCUCUAUCAACGGCCGCAUCCAACCUGAACUCCCGAUCAACUCGACCAGUUGCAUUGCGAUGUGCACAAAUUUUCGAAGCCUCCAAACCGGAGCCAAACAAUGACGCACCCUUGGAUCACUGUCAAAUACUAAUCCGUGGGCUGGUCAAGUCUGUACGAAAACAAAAACGAUGGGCAUUUGCGGAAAUAUCCGAUGGCUCAACGAUUCAGACACUUCAGACUAUCUUGUCGCCGGAGCAGGGUGCGAAGUUAACAACCGGAGCGGCCGUUGAAAUAGUUGGCGUCUGGACACCAUCACCUGGUAGGAGUCAAACACAUGAGCUGCACGCUACGGAAGUGAGACUGGUUGGAGAAGCAAAUCCUCAGACAUACCCUAUCCAAAAGAAAUAUCAUACCCCAGACUUCCUUCGAACGAUACCGCAUUUGCGAUUACGAACUCCGUUCAAUUCCCUCCUCUCCCGCUUUCGCUCCGAAAGUAUAUACCAGGUCACCAAUAUUUUCCACUCGCACCCCGAUAAUCGCUUUGUUCAAGUUCAACCGCCCUUAAUCACAUCAUCAGACUGCGAAGGUGCCGGUGAAGUCUUCAAGUUAAGCCCGAGUGAAGCCGCUUCUCAAGAUCAAAGUGAAGAAUUCUUUCGGUCACGCAAAUACCUUACUGUGUCUUCGCAGUUGCACCUAGAAGCGUAUGCAGCAGAAUUAGGCAAUGUUUGGGCCCUGUCGCCUACCUUUCGGGCAGAGAAGAGUGAUACACCAAGACAUUUGAGUGAAUUCUACAUGCUUGAGGCAGAACUGAAUUUUAUAGAUACUCUAGAUGAAUUAACGGGGUUCAUCGAGUCUAUGAUUCGUACUUUAACUGAGAAGCUGUAUAACACACCUGUAGCUAAUGAGCUUCUAUCUGCAAAACGAACUGGUGAGUCUGGCCAGGAUGUCGUCAAUUCUGGCCUGGCUGAGCGCUGGACCGGGUUGAUGAACGCCAAAGCUUGGCCACGAAUCACAUACACGGACGCGAUUGACUUGCUUCGGAGUGCUGUAGAGUCUCAAAGAAUCGAAUUCGAUUUUCCACCCUCGUGGCCUGCAGGCAUCCAACUAGAGCAUGAAAAAUAUCUCGUUUCCGCGGUCGGUAAUGGUGCUCCGAUUUUCAUCACAGAUUAUCCGAAGUCCGUGAAACCUUUCUACAUGGCUUCUUCAGCCACGAUACCUAGUAGCCCAGAGAAACAAACAGUGGCAUGCUUCGAUCUCAUUAUGCCAGAAGUUUGUGAGGUUGUUGGGGGCUCUCUGCGUGAGCAUAGGCUGGAGGCGUUGGUUCAGAAUAUGCGAGAGCAUGGACUGUUGAAACGCCGCCUCGAAGAAGACCUUAUUAAUGCCAACGACGCUGUAUAUCCCUAUCUCAAUUCGGAUGAAGAUCUAGGUUCCCUUCGGUGGUAUGCGGAUUUGAGACGAUGGGGUAGCGCGCCACACGGGGGCUUUGGAUUGGGCUUCGAUAGGUUCCUGGGAUAUCUCUCUGGCGUGUCUAGUAUUCGGGAUAUAGUUCCGUUCCCAAGGUAUUUUGGGAGAGCAGAUUGUUAA